AUGUUUAGGAACAAUUACGACAACGACUCAGUUACCUUUUCACCUCAGGGUCGAAUAUUUCAGGUGGAAUAUGCUCAAGAGGCCGUCAAGCAGGGCUCGGUAGUAGUUGGCGUCGUGAGCAAAAAGCACGUCGUCCUCACUGCUGUCAAGAGAAAUGCCGAAGAACUGUCAUCCUACCAGAAGAAGAUCGUCGGCGUGGACGACCAUCUUGGAGUCGCACUAGCUGGUCUUGCCUCUGAUGCCCGUGUAUUGUCCAACUUCAUGAAGCAACAGUCGCUCUCAUCCAAAAUGACCUACGGACGCCCCAUCCCCGUCGAACGAAUUGUCAAUCAGAUUGGCGACCGAGCGCAGACCAACACACAACAUUACGGCAAGAGACCUUACGGGGUGGGACUACUGGUCGCCGGUGUCGAUGAACUUGGCCCUCACCUGUUUGAGUUCUCACCUUCUGGCCUGACACAGGAAAUGCUAGCCUGCGCCAUUGGUGCUCGAAGUCAGAUGGCCCGGACAUACCUUGAGCGACACCUGGACAAGUUUGCAGAUUGCGAUCGGGAAGAGCUGAUCAGACACGCUUUGCAAGCACUCAAGGAAAGCUUGGCGCAAGACAAGGAGUUGACGAUCGACAACACAAGUUUAGCUAUCAUAGGACUCUCAGAGAAGAACGGCAAGAAGAAGCUGGAGAACUUCAAGCUGUAUGAUGGUCCGGAUAUUGGCCCGCUGCUGGAUGCCAAUGUUGAGACCUCGGCUGAACAAUCUGGAGGGGAUGCCAUGGAGACAGACUCUUAG